AUGGAGGUUUUACUGUCCCACUCCUUCGACUACCUUUCGUCGAGCUCUCCUCAGAAAAUCCGUAAAGGACUCCGCCAGGUAGAAGGCUUGCUUGCACAACUAUGCUUGUCCAGAACGAACGACGCCGCGAACAGACGCCAGUCGAUGCUUCUCCUAGGUUCAUCGACACCCCCCUCGCCUCAUUCGAAGAAGCUCUCAGACCUGCCCUCAGAUCCUGCCUUUCGUGAAUUUUUCAAACUGCAACAGAGCUUCCAAUGGAACAUUUCCAUGAGAUUAGUUGCGAGUCUGGAGAGACUUCUGGGCAAGGAAAGCAAUGGGACGAAUGAUCUGUUGAUUAUUCAGACGCUGGAUCUGAUCCAAGGAGUUCUCCUACUCCAUCCACCAUCACGAGCACUCUUUUCGCAGGAGAUAUACAUGAAUCUGUUUCUCGACCUUCUCGACCCCUCAAACUGUCCCGCUAUCCAAUCUUCCACUAUCAUGGCACUGGUGACCUCUCUACUCGACAAUCCGCAGAAUACUCGUACAUUUGAGUCCAUCGACGGCCUGCUGGUAAUCACGUCUCUGUUCAAAUCCCGGGGGACGUCCCGCGAAGUAAAAUUAAAACUGGUCGAAUUUCUUUACUUCUACCUCAUGCCCGAAACAGUGACACCGAAAACUGUGAGCUCAACCUCCGCAACAAACACCGCGAUCUUGGGAGGGAGGGGGAAGGAAGUGAUUGCGGCGUUUGAUCGCAGAAGAGGGGAGACCGUCAACGGUGCCGAUGCAGGUGGUGUGGGUGGAAAGGGUGCGCAUGGGAAAGACUGUGGGACCACAAGGUCAACGGAAGAAAAGCAGACUCUGCUAGGAAAGCAUUUGAGUAAUGUGCAGGAUUUGGUGGAAGACUUGAGGGAAGGAGGAGGAGUCUUCGGGGUUGGUGGCAUGUAA